AGACUUUGGGCUCCGGGCCAGUGGCAUGGCUUCCGAGUGCCAUGCCUCUAGUCUGGAGGUGUCCGAAUACUCGGUGACGGUGGGAGCGGAAGACUGGGUAGAGAAGGCCUACGCCAUCUUCCAGCAGCAGGGGUUUUGCAUCGCCCUCGACGCUUUGGGCGAAGAGUCGGCUGAAGUUCUGCAGACUUGCGAGGCGACCCUGGAAGGCGAGGGCGAGCCGAACGCGGAGGAUGCCACGGGGAGGUCGCACUUCCCGUGGCAGUUGCUGCAGUCCCCGGUCCUGGCGCUGCUGCAGCGCCUGGCCCCGGACUUCGCCUUCUGCGCCGCGCGCGUUGAGGCGGCCCGGCCCGGCGCAAAGUGCCAGGAGCUGCGGUGCAUGCCGCUAUCCCAGCUGCCCACGGUCUUCCGGGACCCGGAGGGUGCGCCCAAAGUGGCAGUGGCCUUCACACUGCAGGGGCUGGAGCCCAACUUCGCGCCGUUGCGGGUGGCGCCGAAGCGAAGAGCGGUGUGCCGGGCAGAUCUGCCACCCAGGCUCAAGGAGGAGCCGCAAGAGCUGUGGCAGUCAACUCUAUCCCCGCUGCCGAAAGGCGCCGCCAUCAUUCGGGAUCUCCGACUGUGGUGCGGGGAGGCGGCGAAUCUCACCCAAGAGACUCGGUUCCUGCCAUGCUUGGAGCUCGUUUCCUUGGACUACGCCAGCUUCAUCGCGCAGCCGCACUCCUUCAGCGUGUCGGCUCCAUGCGACGCCUGCCAAUGGGAUCGGUGCUGCAUCCAAGAGCCGCGCCGGUGCUUGCCGGAUAGCAUCUUUGAGACGCUGCCAGAAGAUGUUCAGAAGCACUGCCGGGUCAUCCGUGGAGAGCUGUCUUCAGCCCAAGCGCUGGAGGAGCCCGCGCCGGUUGAGGAAGGUCCGCCUCAGAAGGUACCAGACGCCAAGACGGAGCCAGCUGAGAUGCCAGCUUGGCAAGAUCCGAGGCCCACCGCAACUCCUCCAGCACUGGACGGCUUCGCCCUGAAGGCCGCGCUGGCCAAAACGGUGCGGGUGACUCUGGGCCUGGCGUUGCUGGCGCAGGCGGUUCGGCUCUUCAGCGCUGGCUGCACGCAGCUGGAGCAGCUGCUUUGGCGCCAGGCGCGGGCAGUGGUGGCGAAGAUGAGACGAUGAGAUCUGGAAAUGGAGUUGAGAGCUGCGUCCAUCAGACUUCUGCCUCUUUGAGUCUUGCGACCAGAAGAAUGGGCACGGCAAGAUCUCAAUGUGAGUGCGAGGUGCGACGUGUGCAGCAGAUAGCAUAAAAGGACGGAGCGUUGCUUUUCUGCAAAUUAACAUGGAGCCCCAAGACGGGGUCUCCUCUGACAGAUUCAACUUGGUCAUUCCUUCGAAGUUGGCAC